ACAAGUGCAGCAGCUUCAACAUCAAAGGCAACCGCAACAGCAACAGCAAAAGCCAUACAUUCUACAGCAAUUGCAACCAACACGAGCAAUUCUCCUACUCAUCCAAAGCCUAGCAAGCUGGGCAAAGUUAAUGUUUUGUCAAAAAGUAGGUCUCUCGCUUCUUCACGAGGAAAAGCCCUCGUUUCCUCCAUCGUCCAGGCCUCCUCUGCCAGAAAAUCAUCACCCAUUGGUUCGGUUCUUGGGCAGACAGGUCUCACGAAUUCAGCAACUUCUGAAUGUGAGGCCAACUUUCCAGUGGCCAUCAUUCAAGACGUCAGUUUUCGUACUACCCAGCUCAGCGACGAUGAGUCUGAGGUCUUCUGUCGACGUGAGAAGAUGCGCAGGCAGCUGGCCGCGGUGACUAAGCAACGUGAAUUGGUGAUGGCUCGCAGCUACCGAGUGGCCAAGCAGCGAGAAAUGUUGGAACAAUUUGCGGAUAAUCUUAUCCGUUUUAUUAGCACCCCACCAGCUCUCAGAAGAAGGUGA